UAACGUAUUUAUUAAUGAAAGUAUACCUACGAGUUGCUUUUUUGAAGGUAAACAAUGAACUACACUGAUGUGAAGAUGAGUAGUGGCUAUUUCCGUGAAAAGGCUACAAUAGGUCUUAGCAUUUUAACCGGAAAUCAGAUUGACAGGGCAUUGAUGAAGGCGACAAGCCACAUGUUAAAGGCACCAAAAGAAAAAUAUGUGCAAAUAUUGUUGGCUGCGUCUUAUAAUCACUGCCAUGAAAUCCAUAAAAAUGGAUUGACAGUAAGUAAGUAUAUUGUUAUUGAGCUUAUUAAAAGAUUACACACAUACAAUUGGGUUAUUGUUAUGAAAACAGUAGUUGUUUUUCACCAAUUGUUGUCUUCUGGCUCGGAUAUAAUUGUUCAAGACAUUUGCGAUGAAGAAUGCUUGUUUAAGCCGCUAAAGAAAUUUUCUGAUACGUACGAUGCUACUUUCCAUAAAUAUUUCAUCGAGCAGUAUAUGCAUUAUUUAGAAGCACGUCGCAUUGCUCAGAGAUUUAUUGGCUAUAACAAACGUAUCGAAACUCCUUCAUUUGAAGAUUAUUUGCUAUCAUUGAAUGCUGAGUCACUUUUUCCAAUAUUUGAAUCGCUGUUGAGAAUACUUGAGACACUUGUUAAUAUCAAGUACUCCGAAAACAUUGUCAAUAAUUUUUGUACCAUGAAAGCGUUUGAAGAGCUGCUGAAGGACGGUAAGCGCCUUUUUAAAUUACUUUCUACCCCUGUGGUGUUUAUUUUGGGGGGUUUUGAAGAAUUUCCAGUACCAUUAAAGAAAAUAUGGCUUGAUUUGUAUGCGAGAUUUACUCGUGCUAUUGGCGGCUUAAAAAUUUUCUUCGAUUCGAUUUCUCAGUCCUCACGUGUAUUUACUGAGGAGAUUCCGAUUUUAAGACUUCCACCGGAGAAUGUUUUACGCGACCUUGAGCAGGAUGUGCUUGAAAGUGAAAUGCCUCUCGUGGAGGUCUGCACUCUUGAAAGUAUUAGUAUACGUAAGCAGGAGCCACAACAAGUUGAGAAAGAGAAUCUUUCUUCGGAAGAACCACAACUGCAGGCAGCAACAACGGAAAAUCUUAACGAGACCUCUUUUGAAUCAGCAAGUGGGCUUCCCAAAGUCAUUGUUUCAAUGGAUGAACUUUUCGGACCGACUUCACCUAUCCCCGCGCAAACAUGUGGGCAACAAAUAAAUCUCAGUCAUAUUGAUCCUUACUUCUCUACAAGUGAGAUAUUAGCCAAUGCAUUGCCCAGUGAAUUUGCAGGUGUAGACUGGUCGAGCGGAGCUCCUGCAGAAUGGUCCCCCAAAACACCGAAUUCCGAUCCUCUGUGUAAUCACUAAUCAUCAGCAAAUUAUUUCUACUAGAACUAACCGCUCUCCAAUUCAAUUAACUGACUCAAAAAGGAAAAGCGAUAUUUAUGUUUCUCGUGUGUUAGCGUAAUAACACUUAUCUUUACCGGAUAUGGAUCGAUCUGUUUAGGAGAUACGUAUAGUUUAAUUUAUUGUUGGUAGUUUGUAAUAUUAAAUCUACCUGUUUGCUAUUUCUUUCUUAUAAGCCCGAGUUUUACACGUUUUCCACAAAAAAAAUUAUCCUAA